AUGCACCGAAAAUCAAAUUGAUGUACUUUUGGAAAUAAAAACCAUUUUGACUCUUUUGUGUUCUCUAAUCACUUUUCUUUUUCGCCCAAGCAGCGCACGGCGACAACCUGUUAUCUGUCAUCACCGCCGCCCCGGACAUCUCAAACCAUUACGAGUAUCCGAUCACCGUAUGAAGCAUCCACGUAUUUAGGUUCCCCGUCAAAUCAUCGCCGGAUUCUUCCGAACCACCACACUGAAGCCCUUAUUCCGUCUAUGUGCAUCUGUCUCAGCUAUUGCCGGAAAAGCUCCCCUCCGAACUCCGAACUCUUCGUUUCUUUCUGCAUUCUAACUACCAAGUCAACCGGAGCUGUUCGCUCCCCUCGAAUCCCGCCUGUCCGAGUCAUUUGACCCCGUCCGCGGUCAACUAUACGCCACUUGGAUUCUCCGUCUCGGUGUUUCUCGUCCUGCCCGCAAUUUCUUUCGAGGUUUCCGUAUGUGAUAUUUGCUAGUCAUUAUGGACUUUCAUCUGCCUUUUGAAGUUGGUCAAUCUGCUGAGGCAAAAUCUUUCCAGCAAGGAUAUCGUGGCGCAUGGUUUCGUUGCAAGAUAAGGGAGAUAAAGCAAAGUCAUGGACAUUGGAAUGCCUUGUUGGAGUAUUUUGAUUUUCCCGAUGAAAAGUUAACAGGGUUAAGACUAUAUCAACGUCCUCCAUAUGUUGCAAAGUCAAAGAGCAGUACAAGGCAGCUGAUGUUGCGGCCUUCCUAUCCACCAAUCAUCCGUGAAAGUGAGAUAGCCAAUGAGAGUUUGCGAACAGAAGUGAGAGUCGUUAUUCAAGGCGCUUGGCAGGUGGGAGAUCUGGUGGAUUGGUGGUCUAGUGGCUGUUACUGGUCUGGAAAGCUUACAAAAAUAAUUAACAAUGUUAAAGCAAGGAUUGAGCUGAUUCCACGUCCCGUUGGUGAAGGUACAUCUUAUGAAGUGCAUGUCAAAGAUUUGCGUCCAUCUUUAGAUUGGUCUCCAGAGCUUGGUUGGACUUUGCCUACUUCUCUUGAUGGUAAGAAUGUCCAUCCACGUGCUCAGCUUAUCCAACCUAUUAAUAGAGAGAUAUAUCACGAUGAGGAUGAGGUUUCUAUGGAUCUUGGUGGACAUUGUGAUGUCCACAGAAACUCUGAAACAGAAAAGGAGGUGAGAAGCACAUUGGAAUCAGAUACACACAUAUGUGAGGAUUCUGGUAACAGGGAAAGCAGUGAUGCUGCCACUCAAGUUGAUGGUCAAACUGAUGAAAACCUGUAUUACGCCACUUGUCCGUUAAAUAAGUUUAAAACAAGUGGAGGAGUCCGCUUAAAUUCCAUGAGGUCAGACACUUUGGAAGCUGCUGUAACGGAUUUGGAGGAACUGCGAAACAAGAUUAAGUGGCUUAAACAAAUAUUGGAAUCUGGAAAACCGCAAUCUAAUGCUCAUGACUCAUGGGAGUUUGUGGAACAACGUGCAUCGUCUACCCCUAAGUGAUGGGUUUCAGAAAGUUUAAGUUUUUUUACAUAUUUCCACCAAUGAUUUGGAUUUAGUCUGAGAUCUUAUACCUUUAUUUUCUAGGUUCUACUAUCAGGGGUCGCAGGCAUAUGCAUUUUAGCAUGUGUUUGGAUUCCACUUUUGGAAUCUCUAAAGUUUUUCUGAUUGCUUUUGAUUUUUCAACAGGUUGAUUUAAUUUUUUUUAUAGUUGAGAGAGGGUAUUCUGGAAAGUUCUUAAAAGCCUGUUUGGCGAAAGCUAAUCUGAGUUGUUCUCAAGCAGUAACUUACUAACUUGUACUCUUGAAACUAUUUAGUUCUUCAAACAACACUUAAGGUACCUUUCUAACAACUUUUACUUUAUCAUACUCACUUUGUCAAGAAUGUUCCAAAUUCCAAACCCAAAUCCGUCACCCUUUAGUACAUUUCAAGAAUGUUUCCGCUGUGUAACUACGCUCAAAUGGCUCAAUUGUUACCCCAAGUAUGUAGAUAACUGGUGGGGAUCGUCUCUUCUUCCUUGGAUUUUUUUUGCAUAAAUGGACAAAGUGCCAAAAAGUAAAAAAAUAAAGCCACUCUUCUGAGAUUAAAAAGCUUAUUCUUCAUUAGUUUAUCAUACAAGAAGAAUCUUUCAUUAUUAAAUGCUCUUUUUGCAAAUUCGGAGCAGCUUAUUAAUGGCAUCAUCAAUCACUAUAUCACCUCUCAACCUCAUCAUCUCGCUCAAUUCUUUAGCUUUGCACCCCAUUGAAGUUGCUAAUGCUUUCCCGUCCUUCUCCAUCACAAUCUUUCUCAAGGCUUUUGCCACUUCCUCCCUAUUUAUCUCACCAUUACCCCCUUUCAUCACCUCUACCCCAACACCAAUCUCCUCCACCAGUCUGGCAUUUAAGGGCUGGUCAAGAUGUAACGGCAAAGCUAUGAUUGGGACUCCACAUCCCAAGCUCUCCAGCACACUGUUCCAUCCGCAAUGACUUAAAAAUGCACAUAUUCUUUUAUCACGCAAAAUCCUUCCUUGUGGAAUCCAUCCUCCCACCACCAAUCCCUUGUCUCUCACCCUUUCAAGGUAGCCUUGUGGUACAGCUUCCUCGAUAGUCAUGUCCACACCAACCGGGAAUCUAAGUGACCAUAUGAAGUUGACUUCGCUCUGCUCUAAACCAUGAGCUAUCUCUUCCACUUCAUCCUUUGUCAUGCAAUACUCACUUCCAAAUGAUGCCAAUAUGCAUGACGAUUCUUUCUUCCCUUGUAGCCAUUUCGUUAUUUCCUCGUGUUCGUCCUCGUCCAUUUCCUCUCGGACUAGGGGCCCGAUCGGGAGGACCUCUUUCUUGGUGAGAAGCGAGAGAUAAUCGAUGUACUUGGCCUCAAUCUCGCUACAAGUGUUGAUCAAGAUGAUGCUGUGAGACUGUUGGAGAGCUUUGAAGCACAACCCUGCAACGUCCACAGUUUCUUCUAUGGCUAUGUUUUUAUAUUUCUCUAUAUAUUUAUGAAUCUCGUGAUCUAGGUAAUGAAUAGCGGGAAAUGGGAGCGCAGACUGGCUCUCGUUCACAUGGUAGUAUAAAAAGUGGGUCAUAGUUACGGCUCCCGUGGUGAGGAGAUGAAUGGAGGGAAUGUUGAGGGAUGAAGCUUGAGAAGCCGCCCAUGGUUGGAAGCCAUCAUAUAUGAGCAAGUCGGGAUUUAGAGUUGAAAUGAUUUCAAAGAAGGCUUUCUCCGUCUUUUGAAAUGCCGUUUGUAAGGUUAAGGCAAGAUGCGGCGGCAGCACGGAGGUGCUGUGAUGGUUAGGUGGAAGCUCCGGCGAGGAGGGAAGGUGGAGUUCAAGAAGGUGUACUGAGGAAGAGAGAUCAUGGUGUUGUUUGGCCAAGAUUUCCCUGAUCGAUUCAAGAAUGAUCGGGGAGGAACAAAAGUGGACUUGAAAGUUUCUUUUGGAUAGUUUCUUGGCUAGCUCCAGAUAAGGGGUAACAUGGCCUUUUGCUAUCCAUGGAAACAAUAGAACAUUAAUAGGUUUCUCUAUCUCCAUAUUCCAACCCUCAAG